GGUGUCGCGCAUCCUGAGGAAGGCGGCGGCCGAGCGCAGCGCCGAGGAGGGCCGGCUCCUGGCCGAGAGCGAGGACCUGGUGACGGAGCUGCAGGGCCGGAGCAGGCGGCGCGAGGGCCUGAAGCGGCGGCAGGAGGAGGUGUGCGACGACCCGGAGGAGCUGCGGAGGAAAGUGCGGGAGCUGGCCGGCGCCGUCCGGAACGCCAAGUACCUGGUGGUCUACACCGGCGCAGGGAUCAGCACGGCAGCCUCUAUUCCAGAUUACCGGGGCCCUAAUGGAGUGUGGACACUGCUUCAGAAAGGGAGAAGCGUUAGUGCUGCUGACCUGAGUGAGGCCGAGCCAACCCUCACCCACAUGAGCAUCGCCCGCCUACACGAGCAGAAGCUGGUGCGGCAUGUGGUGUCUCAGAACUGCGACGGGCUCCACGUGCGGAGUGGUCUGCCUCGCACGGCCAUCUCCGAGCUCCAUGGGAACAUGUACAUUGAAGUCUGUACAGCCUGCACUCCCAACAGGGAGUACGUGAGGGUGUUCGACGUGACCGAGCGCACCGCCCUGCACCGGCACCAGACGGGCCGGGCCUGCCACAAGUGCGGGGCCCAGCUCCGGGACACCAUUGUGCACUUUGGGGAGAGGGGGACGCUGGGGCAGCCUCUGAACUGGGAGGCAGCCACUCAGGCUGCCAGCAAAGCCGACACGAUCCUGUGUUUAGGUUCCAGCUUAAAGGUUCUGAAGAAGUAUCCUCGCCUCUGGUGCAUGACCAAGCCCCCCAGCCGGCGGCCCAAGCUCUACAUUGUGAACUUGCAGUGGACCCCAAAGGAUGACUGGGCUGCUCUGAAGCUUCACGGGAAGUGUGAUGACGUCAUGCAGCUCCUCAUGGAUGAGCUGGGCCUGGAGAUUCCCCCCUAUAGCAGGUGGCAGGACCCAAUCUUCUCCCUGGCGACUCCCCUACGUGCAGGUGAAGAAGGGAGCCACACUCGGAAAUCGCUGUGCAGAAGCCGGGAGGAGCCCCCGUCUGGAGACCGGGGUGCACCACUUAGCUCAGCCCCUGUCCUAGGUGGCUGGUUUGGCAAGGGCUGCACUAAACGCACAAAAAGGAAGAAAGUAACGUAACCUGGUGCUGGACAAGAACAACUGGCACUUUGCAGAUGACGGAACUAUGAUUCAGGGGCAAGGCCAGCACAGCCCCGGGGUCCCGCGAGCAUCCUCCGGGGAGGACUGCUUCGUCCUUGGUCCUAGCGGGAGCCGCCUUGGCACUGCUGUGGCCUCCUCGGGCGUGGGCCUUCGGAGGACACCUGGCCUGUCCAGCCUCUUCUUAAAGAGGUGGCAGCCAUGCCUUUGUGCAAGAACAGAACUCGGGUUAUUUCACAACUGGCCAGUCAGGAGGAAGCACACGGCUGCCUUUCCUCCUUCACCGGGCUAGUCUCAGGGGCCUCAAGCCUAUUUCUACUGCUUCUUACUAAAACACGGUGACUUUAUAGCAACCUUUUUCUGAAUUGGGUUUGCGGCAGAGGGGUGGUUUUGGGCCUGGGCGCUCAGCAGGCCUUUUUAUUGUCAUUAAACAUCUCUGCACUGUC